GGAUGCUUGUACGAUCAUCAAAGCUUGACGCAUCAUCGUGCGGAAGAGAUCAGCUUUUUUCGUCGGAUCUAUCUGAAGUCGAAUCUAUCGUGUGACCGAGAAAAUAUUCAUUUGCCACUCUAUUCUCGAUUAUGUGAACAAAGUUCGACAAAAUUUAUUUUUCACUUUUAUAUAUAAUUUUCAUUUAAUUUUUCAAAACAUUGUUAUACGAACAUAUAGUUGUAUGUGUACAUAUGUGAAAAAAAUAUAAUGUAAUAUGCUGUAAUAUAUUCAAUGUUUAGUGCUUCUCUUAUAAAUAAUACGAUGUAACAUUUGCUAUAAAUAAUUAGUGCAUAUGCUGUCAAUGUGUCAAGCUCGAAGAAGACUGAAGUUAAUAAUUGCACAGCAAGAAAAUCGAAAAUGAGUUUGCGCUGGAUUCACGAGAAUCUAGAAGCACCAACAUGCGACGAAGAGUGCAGCGAUAUCGAUGAUAGUAGCGAUGAUAGCUAUGACACGGAACUAUCUCUUCAAGAAGACGACGACGUAAUGGAAAAUGGAAAAAAAAUCGCUCGAGAUAUCCGGAAGAAGAGGGAAACUAGAAGACCUCCGACUACCACCGUCACCUUUGACGGGAACGGAACUCCUCGUAACGUCGAACGCAAUUCCAAACUACGUAAAUACACGCCAUACAUAAUAUGGGAUCCUCGACAGCCAGCAAAAAAUCCUGUCUACAAUUGUCGGAUAAUAAAACUGUACUGCCGAACAGGGUAUCAUCUGGCAAUUACACCGUCCGGACGAGUCCGAGGAUUAUCUGGCAACAAAGAGUCGCACGCUCUGCUUCACGUGACGCCGGUAUCUUUCGGUGUUAUUAGAAUACAAAGUAUCGAAACGAGGCUUUUCUUGGCAUUUGAUAAAAAAGGACGAUUAUAUGGAGAGGUAAAUAUGACUAACGAUAAUACUGAAUGGGAACAAUGGAGUAUUGGUUCCUACGAUGCAUUUCGAUCCCGCAAAUACGUGCAUUAUGGAUGGUGGGUAGGGAUAAAGAAGAAUGGACGAGCAAAGCCAGGCCCGAAAACAUCUUGGGGGCAAAAAGCAAUACAAUUUUCGGCUAUCCAAGAGGACUAAUCGAGAAUUAAUCGGAAAGUUUUAGCACACA